CGAUGAUGUCCCAAAUGCUGCUAGGCCGUCACAUCGAAGGAAUUUGGCACACGGCAGUGGUUGUCUACGAUCGGGAGCAUUUCUUCGGUUCGCAUGGAAUAACGAGUUGUUUACCGUGAAGCUAUUCCUCUUCAUGUUUCGGCUUCGACUCGUCAGUGCACAACAGUUCAAAUGGAACUGCUAAGGCGCCAUAGCAGUUCAACUUGAACCACUAGACAAACGGAGAGUUUGGCAAAUUGAGCAACCAUUUUUCGUGCUUAGAAGAGAAUUUCGAUGAUGAGCUACUUUUUUGUAAGGUGUAGCGUUACUAAGCGUUACAUGCGUAACUAUUUUGUAAGUCAUAUGCGUUACUUGCAUUACUUUUUUGUAAGUCAUAAUUGUUACGAAGCGUUACAUGCGUUAUUUUUUUGUAAGUCAUAAGUGUUACGAAGUUUUACAUGCGUUACUUUUUUUUUGCUAGUUAUAGGCGUUACGAAGCGUUACAUACGUCACUUUUUUGUAAGUUAUAGGCAUUACAAAGCGUUACAUGCGUUACUUUUUUGUAAGUCAUAGGUAUUAUGAAGCGUUACAUGCGUUACUUUUUUUGUUAGUCAUAGGCGUUACAUGCGUUACUUUUUUGUAAGGUGUAGGCGUUACUAAACGUUACAUGCUUAACUAUGCGUUAAUUUUUUGUUAUGUAUAGGCGUUAUUUUUGGCAAGGUAUAUGCGUUACGAAGCGAUACAUGCGUUACUUUUUUGCUAGUUAUAGGCGUUAUGAAGCGUUCCAUGCGUUACUUUUUGUAAGUUCUAGGCGUUACGAAACGUUGCAUGCGUUACUUUUUCGUAAGAUAUAGGAAUUACUUUUUUGCUAGUUUUAGGCGUUACGAAGCGUUACAUGCAUUAUUUUUUGCUAGUUAUAGGUGUUACGAAGCGUUACAUGCGUUACUUUUUUGAUAGUUAUAAGCGUUACAAAGCGUUACUUUUUUCUAGUUAUAGGCGUUACGAAGCGUUACAUAUGUUAUUUUUUGUAAGCCAUAAGCGUUACGAAGCAUUACAUGUGUUACUUUUUUGUAAGGUAUAGGCGUUACAAAGCGUGACAUGCGUUAAUUUUUUGUCAGUCAUUGGUGUUACGAAGCGUUACUUUUUUGUAAGUUUUAGGUGUUACGAAGCGUAACAUGCGUUACUUUUUUGCUAGUUAAAGGUGUUACGAAGUGUUACAUGCGUAACUUUUUUGUGAGUCAUAAGCGUUACGAAGCGUUACAUGCGUUACUUUUUUGUAAGGUAUAGGCGUUACGAAACGUUACAUUCGUUACAUUUUUGCUAGUUAUAGGCCUUACGAAGCGUUACAUGCGUUAAUGAUUUGGCAGUCAUAGGCUUUACGAAGCGUUAUAUGCGUUGCUGUUUCGGAAGUUAUAGGCGUUACGAAGUGUUACUUUUUUGUAAGUCAUAGGCGUUACGAAGCGUUUUACACGCUUUUUUUUGUUAUAGGUGUUACGAAGCGUUACAUGCGUUACUUUUUUGUAAUAUAUAGGCGUUACAAAGCAUCACAUGCGUUAUUUUUCUGUAAGUCAGGCGUUACGAAGCAUUAUAUGCGUUACUUUUUGCUAGUUAUAGGUGUUACGAAGCGUUACUUUUUUUGUAAGCCAUAGGCGUUACGAAGCGUUACAUGCGUUACUUUUUUGUUAGUUAUAGGUGUUACGAAACGUUACAUGUGUUACUUUUCUGUAAGUCAUAGGCGUUACGAAUCGUUACAUGUGUUACUUUUUUGUUAGUUAUACUCGUAUGAAGCGUUAAAUUUAAGGUGUUAUGAGGCGUUACAUGUUACUUUUUUGUAAAUUUAAAGCGUUACAAGCGUUAAUUUUGUGUAAGUUGUAAGUGUUAUGAAACAUUCCAUGUCACUUUUUCGUAAAUUAUAGGCUUAACGAACCGUUACAUGCGUUACUUUUUUGUAAGUUAUAAGCGUUUCCGAAAAUUACACAUUAUUGAUUAAUACACCUAUUAAAGCGAAUAAUUUUCCUGACAUAGCGUUGCUUUUUUGUAAGUCGUGAUUCGUGUUUCAACACCUGCCUAUCGGUUUAUUUUGAACAGCUAAGUUUCACUUGCAAGUGGAUUGGAACAGCAUCGAAUAGACGAGUCGAAGACGAAAUGUGUUUAUAAAUAUUCGAAUUCUGGGAAUAUUUGAAAAAUUGUUGGCAAACGAUAACCGCGAUGAAAGUUCGAACAACAAGGCAGAGAAAACGUAACAAGUAACAUCUUCGCCAACUUGAGUUACAUUUCCAACGCCGCAUAUAGUUUUUCCGGUCCGAUAGGCAAAUAAUAAUUAAUAAGAAUAAUUAACCUAAACCUCCACUUGAAGAUUGCUUGAUUUUCCUAGUCAUUAGACUAUAGUCAUUCGAUUUAAGAUUAUAAUGCUAUUUUAAGUUAGAACGUAAUUAGUAGUUGGAGACAUUCAGAUAAAAAAUUCAAAUCUCAAUCGUCUCCAGCAAACGAACAAUGGCGAACAGUUUGUGCUGACAUAUGGUUUCCACACAUCUUUAUGGUGGUUCACUGGCAGAGCAGUUCGCUGAACUCGAUAAUGUUGAAUCAUUCAGAUUAUAAUUAGUUGCGCGAAUAGACGAAAAAACACCAUUUCACCGUUUGGCUAGAACCAAUGUAGUUAAUAAAUUUCAUACUAUGUAUGUACGACGCUUGAAGGUUUUCGAAUUAUUCUAAACAGCCAGUUUCGCGUGUGGUUCAGUGUCGGUCAUGAUGCUGUACAAAAAUAAGCCGCUUGUCGUCAUCACCGUAGAACAUCAUGUCACAAAAUAUCGGUCCGUUUGUUAGCUCGUGGAAAUCUAAUUGUCUGAUUUACUAGGUAAUUGCGCAUACAGAUAGCAAGCCUGACUGAACACAAGUAACGAUAGGUAAUUUUUGAAUAUCUUAGUUUUUAUAGCGAGUCAGAUUAUAAUUUACUUACACCUGCUCCCAUGAGAGCAGUGCAGUUCACCAUGCGAUCCAAUCAAAAUAGGUUUAUUUCGGUUUACCGCCUCCCAAGAGAAUAAAUUUUAAAAAUAAACUUUUCCACUACGUUCCCGAAGCUAAUUAUAUUUCAUUCAAAUUGGAUGCAUUUUCCACAAACUCGCAUAAAAGGAGAGUCUGUCACAACAAAAAAACAAACCUACACCCAUGCGAUAAUUUAGGAGGCCAUUAAAGUCACUCGUGUUAAGCUUUGUUAGUUGAGAUCAGGUGAGCGAGAUAAGGUAAUUGUAGCAAUAGUCAUUCACUCAGUCUUCAGUCACCAGUCACAAUUUCACAUUUGAUAACCGAUCUCACCACCCUAACUGAUGCUUUCAAUACACUAGAUAAGUGGUGAAGCUGAGAUCAUCAAACGUGCGGUUACCCUGUAAUGCAUUGGAAGAUUGCCCAAUAAUUUGCACUGUCAACCGCAGCGUUUUGCAAAUUACGCAAAACAAAUUUCGACGACAUUUAAAGGCUUUCCUAGAAUACAACGGUGUGAACGUUCUUAGCAUACAACUGUGAGCAAUGGAAUUUCAUGUUUCAAUCAUUUACGCUACAAACCUGGUGAAAUUAUUUUGAUUUUUUUUGUUGUGCAACAUCUUCGCUAUCACGAUUAUAGCGGCGCACUGUGGGAAAAAUGUAUAGAAUAAACGUGACGUUUCGUUUUUCCUGGAGGCAGUGUUGGCGAUUGCCGAAAAUUUGAUAGAAGCUGCUAUAUUGCUAUCUAUAUUGUAUACAACUUUUUCAAUCCGGUAGAAGAUGUUACGAGAACUCGAGUCUCUCAAUGCAUGAACCGCGAGAGAAUUUUUCUACAUUCCUUCGCUCCACUUCAUACUCUGAGUAUUUCUUGGCCCUUAAAAAAAAUUACAGUCUGAUAAUGAUAGUUGCUGUGUGGAAUUUCCCAAGAGAGAAACGCAAGUUGACAAUUAUCGCAGAAAAUCGAAUCGAUGAUUCAACUUGAUGAUUCUCGUACUAGGUUGCAAUAUUUCAAAACCCUUGUGUGGAGCAUUCACAGACAUUUUCAUAGACACAACUAAUACAAAGGUUAUAUGCACAUAGGAUAGAAUAAGCGACAAUAGUAAAAUGAUUCUAUCGCAAUUAUCAACUGCCUGUAUAGAAUCGGAUCGCGAAAGGAGAAUAAGCGACCGUUGGUUGCUUCAGAAAGCAUCCCCACAGCAGCGUGCUAACCUUUGAUUCUCAGAAAUGUCAUCGAGAGAAAUUCGCUCUCGCACUGGUGUCGAUUCUAUGUUAAAUGAGCCAUGCCGGGUUUUUGUUGUUGCGAUGAUAUGCGUCUCUCUUUGAUGGUACUGAUUCAAUCGUGUGAAGAGUUGCUAGUGAGCGUUCUUUGAUACGAUAAAAGCCAUCCUUUCCUGGAGGUAUGAUUUUUUUGCUUGCAAAAUACUCUUUUGACGUAAAAAACUUCAACAACUAUUGCAUAUAGUUUCAAUGACCGUACAAAAUUCGUAACGUUUUACCACAAUUUUCAUCAGAUAAUAAUAUUCAGUAAUAUUUUCCCCAGAGAGGACCAGUCUAGAUGCCGUGUGGAAUUCGGCGAAAAAAAAAACUUAAGUAAAUACAUAAAUAUUUUAAUGAAGCAUUUUUCGCGGUAAAUUAUAUAGUGUAAAUAGUAAACAAUCCAGACGCGCGUGAAGUCUGUUGACCUUUUCUUGGUGAUUUUAAAUAUUUGCCAGUGAGUGCGUGUGGAGUGCGCAGUAGUAUAUACGAACUCUAGUAACGAGGAGUGUUGGACUAACAUCUCUUCCCCCAUUCCUUUGACUAUCUACGUUCGGGCCUGGCCGUCGCCGGUACUGAUCAAUAAAUUCAAAUAAAGGUUUCCAGAAGAUGUACAUUGAAGGAUGAUUUGCCAGUACCAGAUCGGAUAAUCUAGAAAUUCCCUGUACAAGUUCAGUUAAUCCCGAUCAGUAAUUUGGGCUAUGGUGCCCAAAUGAACACUAGCAACGAAGGAGGAAACCUUCCAGCCUGUAACCCAAGCGACAGAUUCCAUUACGGUAACCAAUUUGCAACGAAAGAUACGAGUAUUUUCUAUUGCAAGUUCGCCAGAGAAUUUGUCAUAUGGGUAGGAAAUGUGUCAUACCCGGUAACCAGUCAAUCAUUGGAUCGUGCGUCUGUAUCGUAUCGGUGUUUUGUCAUCCUACAAACUGCUUCUGUGUUUUCAAUGUCUUCGUUGAUGAAACUUCGGAUAGUUCGGUAUUUUGAUUCCGUCUGAAUCAUGCUUUCUUAUAUAGUCUUUUAUGGCUGAAGCGGUACAUUUCUUUUCUGGUAUUACAUUCCUUUUGUGGAAUUUGGCCUUUCUGUUUCAACAGAUUUCGCAGCCGAUUCAGACUGUACAGAAUCAUUGCAUGGCUAGUACCACGAUCCUAAUGACACUAAGAAUCCUUCCAGGUCGGGAUUCGGACAUACGCCAACUGGCUUGUAAGACCAGCGCCCUAUGCAUACGAUUAUUAUUUUAAUUAUCUAAAAAUGAUAUAGAAAUGAUUGGUCUACUAACAUUAACUUUUCUAGUCUGCUCUGAUUGUUUCUAUCUUCGCCGAUGUAUAUUUUUAUAUUUUGUCAGAGAAAGUACCAAACAUUCUACAACGCAAUCCAAGAGAGAGAGAGAGAUAUAUAUAUACAUUUAACAUGCAAUCAAACUACUAGGUGUGCAUAUUUUGGACGAUGUUACCCACGCUGUUUGCGGGUCCCAAAGGUGGCAAAGAGGAUAUGAAUUCAUUUCCCUUUCUGAUCCGAAGGACAGGGGAAAGAGAAAUAUUGAGUAAAUACGCAUUGCAAUCUAUGCACACAUACAUACCAUCAAUCAUGGGCGAUUUGAUUAGCAUUUUUCAUUUUUUCCACAGAACAGUCAACAGUUGGCAGUAUCCGUUCUGUAAUAAUCAUUGCAAUGUGUGGUGGAAUAUAAGCAGUUAUUUGAUCCUUUGAUCCAAUACAAUGAGUAUUUUAUUAAUCGUAGUUCCGUGCUGAAGAGUGAUGAAGAUAGAGUAAGAAAGAAAUUAGGUAUUGUGAAAAAGGAAAGUAUUCUACAAUCGAUAACAUUGCUGUCUGUAACGAGAAUUACAAGUAUUUUGCAUGGAAAUACUAGGUGUUAUUGGAUGAAAUGGUCCACGUGAACCGUAUUAUUCCAAAAGCAUCUCACACUUUCAGUUAUAAGGUGAUAUCUAUGUCAAAGUUGUUAUUGUCAGUGCCGGUACCGAACCGGACCGGAUCGGAAAGGUUUGAAAGUUUCUCCACAAUUCAUAAGAUAUAAGACAUAAGAUUCCAUACUAUUUCUAAUCUUUAGGACUAUAAUUUUAUUAACAAAAUUCAUCUCGCGAAUAUCCAUUUAAAUUACUAUUUGAAUAAUGUGAGUAAAUCUGUCUCACUGCUUUUGUGAUAAUAAUAAUUGGACUCGUGAUGUGAUUAGAUUACACGAAACACUUCAAACUAUUACAAUCGAAACUAAUGAUUUUUCGCGGUAGCUAACUUCCCUGAUAUACUUUUUUGAAUAUAAUGAUUUGAGGUUUCAGAGUUUCAGGUUUCAGAAAAGCUUUACAUCGCGCUUCGUGUUCAUUUUUUGUGCUAUAAUAGUUCAAUCGAUUGAUAUAGGGUAAGGACGCUCUAUUUCAUCUCAGCUUCAAUUUCCAUCUCAUUGCUUCACCUCAUUACUUUGAACAUUAAUCUUAUCUUGAAACGUACCUGAACAAAACUGUGGAACGUUUUAAAACAUUUAUUCUAGGUUUUGCCACACUUUCCAAUUGAAAAAAAUAGUCAAAAAAAACCUUCAACGAUCGCUUUUUUCAUUUAAAAUAAACUCACUUUUUGAUUUAGGAACCACUUUCGUCUGAAAUGUUACAAUUCAUCAUGUUUCUGAAUAUUUACUAAUCGAUUCGUCUCAAAACAUGAUCACUAUUUCCCAUAAUUACACCACUAUUCAAUGUUGGAUGACUUUAUAGUUAGUAAUGUGCACUUUCCACUUGUUUAUUCAACCAUUAAAGACUUCUGAAAUUACCUGAUAAGCAAUAAAAGCAAUGAAAAAUAUGAGAUGAAAAUUUGCACUUAAUUCACUUGAUUGCGCUUUGUUUUCAUCUCAUUUCGUAUCGCAAGGUUGCCAAGUUUUCUCAUAAUGUUAAAUAAAAAAAAUUAUUUUUUCUUCUUUCAAUUAUCAUCAACAAGUAUUUUUUGGUAUCCGUGACAUUAGUUUAAUUAUAUCAUUGAUAUUUACAUAUAAAUAAAACUGUUUCGGGUUGUAAUAUUAUCAAAUAGAGCGUGUUAAAUACUAAUCAAAUAACCAUUGUGGCAAAUCUAGUAGCACUGGUUUCUUUACGCUAUACGUCACCAUAACACUGUUAAAUGUGUGUGUUUCAUCGGCUGUGCACAGAGAUGCCAGAUAUUUUCAUAGAAAAUAAGUCUCUUCUCUAUCUGUUUUCACUAAUAAAAUGAAUCAAAUUCAAAUUCAAAUUGGUUUUAAAUUCUAACACAAAUGUUUAUCAGUGUUCAUCAUUAAACAUUUGCACAAAAGAUUUCCAUUUUAACAUGUGAUUUGUCCGUUGAUUAAUAAACUUUUAAAGAAGUACUGCAAUCAAAUACUAAUAGAUACUCAGAGAGAAAAGUCUAACGUUUUACUUCUCACUUUUUAUGAACCUUUACAAAUCUGUAUUAAAUUUAGAAAAUCUGUAAUCUGAUUUAACGAACGCGAACGUAAAAAUCUAUACAAUGCAGAUUAAUCUGUAUGAAUGGCAUCUCUGAUUCUGCAUUUUGUUUUUAGAAGGGCUAAUGCCUAAAUAGUAACAAUUCUAUUUUUGUUUUUUUAAGUUCUCUAAAUUAACUGCAGAGUAAAAUUUUAAAUUUGAAACGAAAGGUAAUAAAAACGAUCCAAAAAAUUUUAAACGUCGAAAUGAUUCCAAGCUGUUUUUUUUAAUAUCGUGUGUUGUGUCAUAGUUUGUAUUAGGCCCUUUUCAACGAAAAUUCUGACAUUUUGAACCUGAGAGUGUAAUAGUGCAAUAUUUUGGUUUUGAUUGCUGUCGCCAUUGCUAAUUUAUAGGAUAAAUAAAGGACCAAAGAUAGGAUGAAAAUAAACCUUUGAGAUGAAAUUAGGAGCACAGUAAUGAACAAAACAGAAGUGUUUUUAGCUGAUUUUUUAAUUUGUAUUUUAAUUUCCAAUGAAUGUUAAUUAAUUCCCAAUGUGGAGCAAGGCGAAUUAAGCAGAAAUAUGAAAAAAUCGUAAAGAUUUUGGUGGCUGAAUCAGGUUUUUAAGGUAACGUCCUUACAAAUGAGAUGAAAUAGGGAGCCCUUACCCUAUUAUGAAUUACUUCUCCAUCGUAAGGAAAAAAAAGAAAAAUUGACAAAUUAAUCCUAUGCCAGAUCUUUUCCUAUCCCUACGAAUACAUCUCCUAUCCUGUGAUACUUGAAUUUGAUUGAAAGAUGCAAAGGGGUCAAUGAUGAAGUUUAUAUAUAUUAUAAAGGGUGAUUUUUAAGAGGUAUAGGAUUUGAUUUAAAAAAGUAAAAGGAAAAUUGACGAAAUUGAAGAAGAUCUCAUGCAAAUGUUGGCCGCGGCUUUGCUACGGAAGGUCCAAUUUUAGCAAUUCGGCCGGUAUUUCACGAAUAAAUGCUUCAUUAUUGGCUUCCAAUGCGUCAAUCGUUGCUGGUUUAGCCUUGUCGAUAUGAGCUGUAAUAUGGCUUCACAAGAAAUAGUUCACAUAAUCUAGGCGGCCAAUUGACGGACCCAAAACGUUAGAUAAACUGUUCACCGAAGACGGCUCUCAAUUUGGUAUUGUUUCGCGUGUCGUGUGGGAUGUGGCACCGUCUUGUUGAAACCAUAAGUCAGUCACGUCCAAUUCUUCCAUUUUGGGCAAACAAAAAUCGUCAAUCAUCACUCGGUAGCGCUCGCCAUUCACAGUAACGUUCCGCCCAUCGGCCCAUAAUCUACACCAAACAGUGACUUUUUUUCGGAUGCAUUGAUAGCUCUUGCAACCAGAGCUUAAACUUGUCACGCAUUCUCAAUGAAAGAAUCCAAUCCAACAGCCUCAUUUUCAAUAUUUUACUGCCUCAUUCUUAAAUGACCGACACCAGAAUAAACGAAGAUAGAGGAAGCAUUCUCGUUUCUCAUUGAAACAAAGAGAGAGUAUGUUAUUUGGUUAGUGUUCGACCCCCUCAAGUAGAAGGUAAAAUAGAAUUCAUGCCUUUCUUCUGAUCAUGCUUAUAUGAGCCUGCCUAGGCUAGCUCUUCCGUUGUAAAUUUAUAACUGAUUCAAUCUAGAAUACCUAUCCGUCUUUUCAUUUCCUAUAUUUCGUCUCUCUCAGUUAAUGCUUGCCGAGAAGAACCAAUCAAAAUCGAUAUAUAAGAGAGAGUAUAAUUGCCAACGUUACUCUUUCCUCUAUGACCAGACGAAACCAAACUAACGUCUUCAGGGGGCAUCAGCAGAAUUUCAAUUUCUAUUGAAAAUCUGCUACGCUUGGUUAUAAAAUGUGACUAAAAUAUGUCAAAUCGAAGCAAUUACAUCUCAGAACUACUACAAAUUCGAGCACCAACAGGUAAAAGUUAUUGGGAAACCUUUUUCGGUCAUUUUCGAUUCUCAUAGCUUCGGUUGAAUAUCGACACUGCAUGCUGUGGGAUUUUCACUGAAAACUGCAAAUGACAUGGAUUUCGUUCUUAUAGUUUGCAGGCGAAACUGAGAGUGACAGUAACUUCUUGUCAUUUUCGUCUAUUUUGAGUCAAUGAAAAUGACUUUUGUUAGCUCUGCUUGCAAUGCUUCUGGUUGGUCUUCACUCCAGAUGUGGCAAUUUCGCAUGUUGACGUAUCCAUUCAAGCAGAAAUGAGCGUCGCCGCAGAGCUCAAUUUUUCGAUCUUCCUCCAACUUUGCCAGCAGCCAUUCACCAAAUGUUAGACGUUUGUAAGUCGAUUCAUGAUUGAAUUAUAGACCAAACUGAACAAGUUUGACAGUGACACAAGACACGGUUCACGCGUAAUCUGUCAAAAACAGAUACCAGUAAAAAAAUCACCCUUUUGAUGAUAUUUUCCGUUCCGGAAAUGUUACCGAAUGAGCGCUGUAAGCGUUAGAGCACUAUUUUUGAAGUAUUGGAAUCAAUCUGGAAAUUAUUGAACAUGGUUUAUAAAUUUAUCACUGCUAGAUGGCAUAACAGUUCAGCAUAAACUGCUAUGCACUGACGUGUCGAAGAUGAAAGCGAGAAAAAAAUUGAGGUUAGCUGUUACGAUGAAAAACCUGAUUGCAUUCUUUGCUGUAACAUCAGAAAUGAACUCGUCUGUUCAUUUUCGCUAGUUCAUUAGUACAUGAACUUACUUAUGAUUGCCUUCUAUGGAAUCUAGUUACCUUACGAGCAUUUCAACAGUACCGGUGAGCUGUCAAAAAACAAUUGAGGUUAACUGUGAUCAUAAAAAACAUAUUCGUUGAAAUCACGGUAAUGCGGAAGAUCAAAUAACAAUCUGUCUGUAGUCGACGACGUUCGGAAGAUGAACUCCACCCGACUCGAUGUUGUAUACUCUUUUGUUAUUUUCCACUGCCAACAAAAUGAUAAGACGAUUAACAAUUUAAGCCAAUCCAUGAACCUAGCUUCGAAUGGACGACGAAAGAGGAGAGAGAGGAGACUAGAGACUAGUGAUUUCGGUUCUGAUACUGACUUGGUGUCAUUUGUUUAUGAACAGGUUUAUUUAUAUAACCGAUAAGCGUAGAGUACGAACAAUUCACACGUUUCACCACGAAUGGCGGCGCGUCAACAGUGAAAAAAAACAACGCUUGUGUUUGUGGCUCGUAUAAUGGAAUCAGUCUCUACCUGUGGAACAAAACAAAUUUUUUAUUUUGCAUAGAGACAAUUCUGGAAUAACAACAGCAACUCGUGACACAUUUCAGUUUGAGAACAACGAUGGACAGCUUCAAAGUGACAACCGUUCGUGGACCCGUGGAUGCAGCAACCCUAGGGUUUACUUUGACCCACGAGCAUUUUUCGUUGGAUUUUCAUCAUUUUUACGCCGCUGCUCCAGUGGAUCUCCAAUCUUACGUUGAUAAGAAAAUCAAUCUUCAAAAUGUGGGCUACAUUCGCCAGUACCCGUACAGUAGCCGUUACAACAUAAAUUUCAAUGAUGACGAUACACAUGAAGCAGUGUUAAAAGAUGUGAUCAGUUACAAGAAAUUCGGCGGAUGUACAAUUGUGGAAAAUACCUCGCACGGCUUGAACCGGAACUUGAAAGUUAUGCUAGACAUUUCGGAGGCAAGUGGUGUCAACAUUAUCGCCGGUACGGGUCAUUACGUACAUGGCGUACAGCCGGAUUCCGUGCUGAAUAUGACCAUAGAGGAAAUGUCCGAUCUGUACACGAAGGAUAUACUAUUCGGAACUGCGGUCGAACGUCCGGGGAAAACUAGUGUCAAUGUCAACUGUGGCAUCAUAGGAGAGGUCGGAAGUUCCUGGCCGAUUACAUCGUUCGAAAGAAAGGCAAUUCAAGCUACGGCUGAAACACAAAGUAUCCUCAAGUGUCCCGUAACCUUCCAUUCCGGUCGUGAUUCGGAGGCUCCAUUUGAGAUUGUACGUUUGUAUCUGGAAGCCGGUGGCAAGGCGGAAAAAUGUGUCAUGAGUCAUUUGGAUAGAACAUUGUUAAAGUCCAGUCAACUGCUGGAGUUUGCAAAACUGGGCACCUAUUGUCAGUUUGAUUUGUUCGGCACCGAGUGUUCCUAUUAUCAACUGAACCCGUCCAGCUACAUGCUAUCGGAUGAACAACGUUUGCAGUACAUUCUGGAGCUCUUGGGUGAAGGUUACGAAAACCGGAUCUUGCUAUCGCACGAUAUUCAUACCAAACAUCGGCUGACUAGCUUCGGUGGACAUGGAUACAGCCACAUACUAACCAACAUUCUAAUGCGACUCAGUUUGAAGGGUGUAGACGAAAAAACAAUCAAUACUAUUACGGUCGAAAAUCCUGGUCGCUGGUUGUCGGUGCCGUUGUAAUAAGUAUAUUUAAUAGUACGCUGGGCACUGGAGUAUCACUCGCGGAAAAAAGCAAAAUAAUGGAACUGAAUUGUCUGCAUUUUAAGGUUUCGAUAAUGUUUUAAUGAAUAUAUAUUAGUUUCUGAUGUAUCUACUCAAAUAUAUAGGAACAAAUAAAAAAACUUUUAAAUGUU